UCUCUUAAAAUUUGUUAUAUAUAUAUAAACAUCUCAUUAUAUUUUGUGAAUGACAAAUUUUUUGAGGGGUAUAAAUAUUCCACCAAUCAAAUGCAAGAGAGGUCUAUGAGGUUUUGAAAGUUCAUAUGACAGGUCUAUGAAAAUUUUGAAGCUCAAUGGAGGUUGGUGCCAAAUCUGAGGGUGAAAGGGAUUUGUUUCUGUUCAAACAUUUUGAUGGUUGUUGAAUCUGGGUCUCGCUGGGCUGAAGUAGAAGCAAAGAGGGGAAGAAGUGAAGAUGAGCUGCUUUACAUGUUGCAUGUCAGAACAGAAAAUCACCAGAAGGUCUUUGAAGAAAAGCAUUAAGGAAUAUCAAGACACCAAAACCUUAGCCUCAUUCGCCAACAUCUCCUUCAAAUCCGAUAGCAGCAAGAGAAGGUUCAUAACUGAAGAGAUAUCAAAAAUUGGAAAAGGGAAUAUUACUGCUCAAAUUUUUGCAUUCCGCGAGCUAUGUGUUGCAACACAAAACUUCAACCCUGAUUCUCUGCUGGGUGAGGGGGGUUUUGGGAGGGUGUACAAAGGAUUCAUUGAAAGCAAAAACCAAGUUGUUGCUGUUAAGCAACUUGACAGGAAUGGAUUCCAAGGAAAUAGAGAGUUCCUCGUGGAGGUUUUGAUGUUGAGUCUUCUUCACCACAAUAACCUUGUGAAUUUGGUUGGAUACUGUGCCGAUGGUGAUCAGAGGAUUUUAGUGUACGAGUUCAUGCCCAAUGGUUCCUUGGAGGAUCACCUUCUUGGUUCUCAGGAUUUAACUGAUGGAGAAACUGUUUCUUCAGAUUUACCUCCAAACAAGAAGCCUUUGGAUUGGAAUACUAGGAUGAAAAUUGCUGAGGGUGCAGCGAGAGGACUCGAAUACUUGCAUGAAAUAGCAAAUCCCCCUGUGAUAUAUCGUGAUUUCAAAUCAUCUAACAUAUUGUUGGACGAGGACUUCAAUCCAAAGCUAUCUGAUUUUGGGCUUGCCAAGCUAGGUCCAACUGGUGAUAAGACCCAUGUUUCGACCAGGGUGAUGGGGACCUAUGGCUACUGCGCUCCUGAAUAUGCACUGACUGGUCAGUUGACGACAAAGUCAGAUGUGUAUAGCUUUGGAGUAGUGUUUUUGGAGAUAAUCACAGGGAGGAGGGUUAUUGACACUUCCAGGCCAACUAGUGAGCAGAAUUUAGUUACAUGGGCACAACCUUUGUUUAAGGACAGAAAGAAGUUUACUUUAAUGGCCGACCCAUUGCUUGAUGGGAAGUACCCCAUAAAGGGUCUCUACCAAGCUCUUGCGGUUGCAGCCAUGUGCCUCCAAGAGGAAGCUAGUACUCGACCUUUAAUCAGUGACGUCGUGACAGCUCUAGAGUACUUGGCUUUGAACAAAGACAACGGGGAAUCUGAAGAAGAAACUACAGAACCUGCCAAGUCUUGAUAGAAACAGCAGCAGAUAGAGGUAUCAAGACCAAAUAGGCCUGAUGGUUUUGGGGAUGAAGAAUAUGAGGAAAUGCAGAUGGAACUUGUGAAGUAGCCUGUUUUGUAUCUAGGCCUAACUGUGAGGGCAACCCCAUUAUCAUCAACUCAAUUUUCAAUAUUCCCCCCCUCCCCAGUAAAUGGUUUGCUGAGAUGUUUGUGAUUUCUUGUGGUCUUCGAGUUCAAUUUUCAAA